CACCUUUAAAACUACCAGCACUUCUUCUUUCCCACACACUAUACAUCCACAUAAACAAUAACUGGCACAAUGAAACUCACUCUCUUCUCCGCCAAAUCAUAUGACACCCACUACUUCAACCAGACCCUCCAAAGUCUCCACCCUGAUCUAACCACCAUAACCGCUCACCCAUUCGCUCUAACCGCCUCGACCGUCUCCCUCGCUCGCUCCAGCGAUGCUAUCUGUGUCUUCGUAAACGAUACCCUUGACGCUACUGUCCUGCACGCUCUACACUCCUAUGGCGUCCGUGCCAUUCUCCUCCGCUGCGCCGGCUUCAAUAACAUCGACCUCCCCGUCGCCGAAGCCCUCGGCUUUUUCGUCGCCAAUGUCCCCAGCUACUCUCCCGAAGCUGUGGCCGAGUUCGCCGUGGCGCUGAUCCAAACCUUGAACCGCAAGACACACCGUGCCUAUAAUCGUGUGCGCGAAGGCAACUUCAACCUGGAGGGUUUUCUGGGUCAGACUUUGGCAGGGAAGACGGUGGGUGUGGUGGGAUUAGGCCGAAUUGGCAUGGCAUUUGCGAGAAUUAUGAAGGGGUUUGGCUGUGUUUUGCUGGGAGCAGAUCCAUUUGGUGGGGAGGAGUUCGAGAAGGAGAUAGGAGGAAGUUAUGUGGGGUUGGAAGAGCUGCUGGGACAGAGUGACGUGGUGAGCUUGCAUUGUCCGUUAACAGAGGGGACGCGGCAUUUGAUCAAUGCAGAGAGUCUGUCAAAGUUGAAGAAGGGGGCGAUGGUGGUGAAUACAUCGCGAGGUGGAUUGAUCCACACGAGGGAUGCAGUACAGGCGUUGAAGGAUGGAAGAUUAGGUGGACUGGCGUUGGAUGUGUAUGAGGAAGAAGGGGAUCUGUUCUAUAAUGACCAUUCAGCGGAAAUCAUCCAUGAUGAUACGUUGAUGCGGUUGAUGACCUUCCCCAAUGUCCUUGUGUGUGGACAUCAGGCCUUUUUCACGCGUGAGGCACUGAGUGAGAUUGCCCAGGUGUCAUUGGACAAUUUGGAAGAUUGGGCGAAGAAGCGAUCAUGUAAGAAUUCGUUGGUUAGAGAGGGGCAUUUGUGGGUUGAGGAGGAUAAGGAGCCGGUCCGGCUGUAGAUGUGAGGCAUAUCUGAUAGCUCAGUCGUACAUACCAACCUUGAUCUGUAGUAAUAUACUUGCCAGAUUCUAUAUUACUAGGAGCUGUGUUGGGCC